AUGAAGCCAACUCCACUCUCGGCCUUACCUGAGGACGGCGUAGCAACCGAGCAGCAUGAUUACUCCAGCGCGUCGAGCGAUAGCAGCGGCGUGUCCGCGUCCUCGGCUUCGACGAUUACCCCGGCAGACUUCAACUUUAGACGUCCACAAAGGAUUCCCACGUCUGACACCGAACCACUGCCAUGGUCGGACUUUUUCGCACACGAACUUGACCUCCAUCCCGACCCAUCCUCCCCAUCUACCUUUCGCAUGUAUUACAAUCCUCCAAACUCGAUCACAGGCCCACUAUUUGUCGCGCACCACGGCGCCGGUUCCUCCGCUCUCUCCUUCGGACUACUCGCAUCCGAGAUCCAGCGCUUGAUGGCUGGUAAAGCCGGGUUCCUCUGCUUCGAUGCUCGGGGGCAUGGUAGUACACAGGUCGAAAACGAGCACGAUCUAAGUCUAUUGACUCUAGGAGACGACAUGGCUGCCGUCGUGGGCGCAGUACAAACGAAAUUCGGCUGGGAGAAAUUACCGGACAUCGUCCUUGUCGGCCAUAGUCUCGGUGGAGCGGUCGUGACGGAUCUCGCUAACCGACGGUUGCUUGGCCCGGCCGUCAUGGGAGUUGCUGUGUUUGAUGUAGUAGAAGGUUCAGCGAUUGAGGCCCUAAAACAUAUGCACAGAAUACUGGAAGCGCGGCCGGCUGGGUUUGCAUCGAUAGCCCAAGCUACUGAGUGGCAUCUCCGAACACGCGUCCUCCGAAAUAAGAGAUCAGCCCGCCUUUCCGUUCCCCCACUCCUCCUCGAAGAGACCUCUGGCGGCCCCAAACCCUUCCGCUGGCGAACCGAUCUCGUAUCAACCUCACCCUCCUGGUCCCACUGGUUCCUCAACCUCUCCUCAAAAUUCCUCUCCAUCCCCGCCUCUAAACUCCUCAUCCUCGCCGGCACGGACAGACUGGAUAAACCUCUCAUGAUCGGCCAAAUGCAGGGAAAGUAUCAGUUGAACGUCUUUCCGGAGGCCGGGCAUUUCUUGCAUGAGGAUUGUCCGGAGAGGACGGCGGAAGUGCUUGUGGAGUUUUGGAGGAGGAAUGAUAGGGGGGCAUUGGUUUUGCCGAAGAAGAUUGGUGAAAUGUGA